AUGGCGCCCAUCCGCCGCUAUCUACGCAUAACAAAAUUCUCCGUCCUCGAAGUACGAGUCUACCUGCACAAACCUUCCGACACAUCCUGGCUCCUCUCCUCCCGAGACAACGUGCUCCAACGCAUAAUCGCAGAAGUGCGCCCGAAAGUCCUACCCAAACUACGCGAGGAGAAUGAGAAUGCGAAGAAGAAGAGCGGGAAGAAGAAACGUGGAAUCAAAGACGUUGCGAGUCAGGAAGAUUUCGAAGUUGCGAUUUUUCUCAAAGAUACGAGUACGAGGCAUUCGCUUUUGAGUAAGAGCAAGAGUUUUACGGAGAAACCGAGGUUGAAGAGUCGUGGGGUGAAGAAUUUGACGGGGUAUUUGAGCGAGGAUCCGAUUAAUAUUGAUGGUGAUGAGGAGAUUCCUGAAGUUUUGAGAGAGGAAGGAGCGGAGGAGGUUGUGUCGUUGCAUGAUAUUCCUGAGAAGAUGAAUGGAAAGCGGAAAUCUGCUGCUGCUGAUGGGGAGGACGAUGCGCUUUUCGUGUCUUCGAGCGAUGAGGAAUUUUUUGCGACUCAGCGUGCGAACCCUAAGCCUGCGAAGAGACGGAAGAGGAACGAGGUAGAGCCAGAGCCGGAAGUCGAAGAGCAAGAUGAUGAUAAGAAGAAAAUGAUGAUGGAUACGAAUUAUGAUGGGUUUAGUAUUUAUGGGAGGAUUCUGUGCUUGAUUGUUACGAGGAAAGGGAGACGAGAUCCUGGCGCGACGACUGCUACUGCUGCAGUGGGCGGAAGCCAGAUGAUGGAGCAGUGGAUUGGAACUCAAGCAGAAGGUGGGAACGCUAUCCUCGAUGAUGAGGAAGGCUGA